UCCCAUCCAGUCACUUUCCCAGUCAGCCAAGCAGGGAGAGUGAGGGGAGAGGAGAGAGAGACAUUCUACUGCACUACCAUACACAGCAGGGCUACCAGGAUCAAGGCUAAUUAUUAUCUGCUGUCUUUUCCUUCCUUCCCUUUUCUGGUCACAGGCAGUUCCAGGACCAUGGCACACCCUAAAGACCACAGCAAGAUGGGCAUCGGCCGCUCCAUCGCCGUGCUGACCUCUGGAGGCGAUGCCCAGGGUAUGAAUGCUGCUGUGAGGGCCACAGUCAGAGUGGGCAUCUACACUGGGGCCAAAGUCUACUUCGUUCAUGAGGGUUACCAGGGUUUGGUGGAUGGAGGUGACAAUAUCAAACCUGCCACCUGGGAGAGCGUGUCUAUGAUGCUGCAGCUGGGUGGCACUGUGAUUGGCAGUGCCCGCUGCAUGGACUUCAAAGAGAAGUGGGGGCGUCUGAAGGCCGCCUGCAACUUGGUCAAACUGGGCAUCACCAACCUGUGUGUGAUCGGUGGUGACGGUAGCUUGACUGGUGCUAACCAGUUCCGUACAGAGUGGAGCGAGCUGCUGGCUGACCUGAUCAAACAGGGUAAGAUCACGGCGGAGGAGGCAAAGCGUUCUUCUCACCUCAACAUCGUGGGCAUGGUGGGCUCUAUAGACAACGACUUCUGUGGCACUGACAUGACCAUUGGCACUGACUCCGCCCUGCACCGCAUCAUAGAGGUGGUGGACGCCAUAACAACUACUGCACAGAGUCACCAGAGGACCUUUAUCCUGGAGGUGAUGGGCAGACACUGCGGCUACCUGGCCCUGGUGACUGCUCUGGCCUGCGGUGCUGACUGGGUGUUCAUCCCAGAGAUGCCCCCAGAGGACAACUGGGAGGAGCAUCUGUGCAAAAGACUGAUUGCGCAAAGGGAGCGUGGUUCUCGUCUGAACGUCAUCAUCAUGGCAGAGGGAGCCCAGGACCGUAAGCAAAAACCCAUCACCUGUGACCAAGUCAAAAAUCUGGUAUCCAAGAAACUUGGCUUCGACACCCGUUCUACCAUCCUGGGACACGUACAGAGAGGUGGCACCCCCUCUGCUUUCGACAGGAUCCUGGGUAGCAGGAUGGGUGUUGAGGCUGUGAUGGCUCUGUUGGAGGCCACCCCAGAAACUCCAGCCUGUGUUGUCAGUCUUUCUGGGAACAUGGCCAUCAGGCUGCCGCUCAUGGAGUGUGUCCAAGUUACUAAAGAUGUGACCGUAGCCAUGGCUGAGGGGAGAUUUGAAGAUGCCGUGAAUCUCAGGGGAAAGAGCUUUCAGAAUAACUGGAACACAUACAAAAUGCUGGCUCACGUGAACCCCCCAGAAGUGAAGAGCAACAUCAAUAUUGCCAUUGUAAAUGUGGGCGCCCCCUGUGCUGGGAUGAAUGCAGCAGUGCGUUCAGCUGUCAGGGCUGGUCUCAUCCAGGGACACCAGAUGCUGGCUAUACACGAUGGCUUUGAUGGCCUGGCUAACGGACAGAUUGAGCCUAUCAAUUGGGCUCAAGUGGGUGGAUGGACUGGGAAGGGAGGGUCCAAUCUCGGUACCAAGAGAAACCUGCCAGGUAAAAACAUUGAGCAAAUCAGCCUGAACAUUGCCAAGUUCAACAUCCAUUCUCUGAUCAUCAUUGGAGGCUUUGAGGCGUUUCUGGGUGGUCUGGAGCUGGUAACAGCCAGGGAGAAGUACGAGGAGCUGUGUAUCCCCAUGGUGGUCAUUCCCGCCACCGUCUCCAACAAUGUUCCCGGAUCAGACUUCAGCAUUGGCGCUGACACCGCCCUCAACACCAUCACCACGACUUGCGACAGGAUCAAGCAGUCUGCUGCUGGCACCAAGAGGAGAGUGUUCAUCAUUGAGACCAUGGGAGGAUACUGCGGCUACCUGGCAACCAUGGCUGGCUUGUCAUCUGGGGCUGACGCUGCCUACAUUUAUGAAGAGCCUUUCCAUAUCCAUGACCUGGAGCUGAACGUGGUGCAUCUGAUAGAAAAGAUGAAGACCUCCGUGAAGAGAGGUCUCAUUCUCAGGAACUCUAAUGCCAACGACAACUACACCACACAGUUCCUCUACAACCUGUACUCAGAGGAGGGCAAGGGCACGUUCGACUGCAGGAUGAACAUCCUGGGACACAUGCAACAGGGUGGAACCCCCACUCCCUUCGACAGGAAUUUUGGCACCAAGAUGGGAGCCAAGUCUGUCCUGUGGCUGACUGACAAGCUGAAGGAGUGCUACAGACACGGUCGUAUCUUUGCUAACACACCAGAUUCUGCCUGUGUGCUGGGCAUGAAAAGGCGAUCCCUGAUCUUCCAACCCCUGACUUCCCUCAAGGAAGACACUGACUUUGAGCACCGUAUCCCAAAGACUGAGUGGUGGCUGAAGCUGAGACCCAUUCUGAAGAUCCUGGCCAGGUAUGAAGCUGUGAAAAUAGACACCUCUGAGGUGGCUGCCAUGGAGCACAUCAUCAAGAAGACAGGAGAAAUCAAGGGGGGGAAAAUUUAAACAAACCAAAUAAACACACACAACCUCACAUAAACACAUACAUACACACCCUUAGUCUUGCACUUAGACCCACCCGCACCUAUGAGAAGAAAGGAACCUGAGGAUCUGUCUUGUUCAACCAUCUAUUUCCUGUGUUUGAGGGGUGCAAAAUCCACUUGUCACUUAAAUCUGGCUGGAUUGAUUGCUUUCAUUUUAAUCCUGUGACUCUUUCAUAUUCUUGCUUGUGUUUGUCGUUCUUACCCGUUAACGUUACGACCGUGGAAAUGUUUGUAAUGACAUGUCAAACACAUCCCGGUAAUGGCUGAAAGGGGCUCAAUGGAAAACAUUGUAUUUCCGUUGUAUCUAUAAGAACGCUAAACUUUGUCUGAGAUUAAACGCAUAGUCUCGACACUUGCAUCACAAGAAAGAGAAGAAAGAUAACGUUAUUUAUAAUGUUAUUUGAAUUGAAUCGUUUUGAAAUGUUUACAAAAGAGAUGCUCUAAAAUGAAAGCAAUUUCCGAAAAGGAACACUCGGAUUAUAGUAAUACUAUGUCUGAUCUCGCAAACGAUGUAAAGUAUGUAUAGAUAGGUGUCAUCUAUUCUAAGACAUAUUGAAAUUUGACAAUAAAUGUAAUACCUAAAUUCCCACCAAAAUCCCUGAACUCCAUUAUUUGUCCUUGCCAGUCAAAUGUUUUAUGUGCUAUAAUUCAGUCAAUAUAUAAUGGAUACAUUUUCUUCAAAAAGUUUGACGUUUCUUCAUCCAUUGUCCAACUGUUGCAUUUAUUGGAAUCAUUUUUAAAACCUUUUAACAAUUUUGUUAGUAACUAGUAGUUAGUUUCUCAACCAUUCAGUCAACUGAUGGGUGUAUCAUAUCAGUACAGUACUAGUGGUUAUGAGGAAAAUACUGUACAUACAGAUUGUUGUGUGGAGCUUCGAACUAUUCUACAUCACAGAAGUCAUUCUACAUCAUUCUGCAGCUGGCAACCCUUCAACAAUACUGUGCACGUCUCUCUGCAAAGUCAGAGUCUAACACUUAUCUGAAAACCACAGACACCCACAGUGUUCUGUUUCCUGUGUCUGGUGUAUUGCUUUCUCCCCUGUUUGUAUGGCAGAACAGUUUAACACUGAAUACGUCUUUCUUCCAUUGAAACUGAACUAGAACAUGUAAUAAAACAUUCUGUUUAGUUUUCUGGACUAUUUAACAUUUUACGUCAUGAAAGAUCAUUUCGAAAUUGACUAGGUUUAUUGAAAAUAAAAAAUAUUGAAUGUUUAGUGAUAUGAGGGUAUCAAUGUAUUGCAAAGAAAAUGUAACUCAUUUUGUGGUGCUUUUUACAACAAUAACUUCAUUAUCUUUGAUUAAAUUAUGCCUAAUAGGCUGACUAAG